AUGCGUAGAGGAUCCAAUCCCAGGGAGCCUAAGCAGCACAAAGAGAAGAAGGGACCCAGACAACCAGCAAACAAGACAGCAGUGUUUUUGGCUGGUGGCGACAAGCCAUUGGCUGGUGCCUUUGCAUGGCCCGGUCAUUUGAUGAAGAAGUUGCUGUCCCAGCAUCCUCCUGAGAGCCGGCUGCAUCUGCAGCUACAUUCAGAAUUUUCGGGAGCUGGCACCGCUGAGAUUGCAGCAGCUGCGAUCUGCAAUGCGUCGCAGGGCAUGCUGACCCUGGAUGUUGUCUCUGUAGGAGACUGGGACGCUACGGCUCAGACUGCUCUUUUGUCAAACACAUCAGGUGCAACCCAUGUGUUUUCUGACAUUUCGCACGUGUGUGAUGCUGGCCUUCUUGCAGAAUGUCAAGCACGUCUUCCUGUGAAGGUGUUGAUGACGAGCAGCGAUGUGACCAGAGCGUGCGGAAGUUUUAAUUUCAUGACGGCCGCGGAGAGCACAUCUGUUAUGGGAGUGCCUGGUGAUGAUACCCAGGCGUUGCAACGUGAUGAUGCUUCUGGUGGCUCCGUGCUCGUAGACAUAGAAGUACUUUUCAAGCGAGAGUCCCGAAAGGAGGACACCUUUCACACAUUGAAGGCGGGGGUGGGCAAUGCACUCAAAGACUACCAGCUGAUGUCGGUGGUCGGAGACGUAGAGCAGAAUCCAGAUGAUCAGCUUUUGAAUGCCAAGAGAGCAAUGCAGGCAUCCGGCACGCAUGCCUUAUCAUGA